GACUGACGGCCGGGCGGACCAUGGCGUCCUCGGCUCGCCUGGUCACCAUCAAGCGGAGCGGCGACGACGGCGCACACUUCCCGCUGACCCUCAGCUCCUGCCUGUUCGGAAGGAGUAUUGAAUGUGACAUUCGUAUUCAACUGCCUGUAGUGUCAAAAAAACACUGUAAAAUUGAAAUCAAUGACCAGGAGGCAAUAUUGCAUAAUUUCAGUACCACAAAUCCAACACAAGUAAAUGGGGCUACUGUAGAUGAGCCUGUGCAGCUGAAGCAUGGAGAUAUAAUUACAAUCAUUGACCGAUCUUUUAGGUAUGAAAAUGGAAAUCAUGAGGAUGGAAGCAGAUCAACGGGAUUUCCAGGAAAAUCAUUUGGACAGGAACUGGUGCAGCAAGCCUCAAGAGCUAGCUUCUCUGAUGAUCCUGAUGGGAAAGGUCAAGAUGCCAGCGCUUCAAAAACCACUGCUUCAAGAAGAUCUUUGGUGUAUGCCAAGAGGCUCUCUGGAGACAGUUCUGCCUCAGGUGGUUCAAAGGACAGUGUUACCCAAGAUCCAUCCAAUACCUGUUCUUCAGGGCAUGUAGAACAGCACAGUGGCAGAAACACAGAAGAGCCCACUUCUGAUGUUCUUUUUAAGAAGUCCAGGGCUGCAGGGAGCAGUUACAGGGAACUGAAGUCUUCUCCUGCACAGAGCCUUAGCAACAGCAAGAAAAAUGAAUCUCCCUUUGAGAAACUUUAUCAGUCAAUGAAGGAAGAGUUGAAUAUAAAAUCACAGAAACAGUCUCGUAGGAAGUCAGAACCACAACCUGAAUGUGCAGCAGGAAAAGAAAUGUGGGAGACAAAGUUAUUGGUGUCAUGCAAGUCAAGAGCAAAAUCCAGUGGAAGCACCCCUGGUCCUGCAGUCUCUUCACCCAAAGUAGGAAAGAUCUGGACUGAGGACCAAAGUAGUGCUGUGGGGCCUCUUCAGACUUCCACAGAGGCUCUGAGUUCCAGCUUCUCGCUCACUGAGACAGCUAAAAUGAAGACCCCUUUGCGGAAUUCACAGCAACUUAAGGAUGAAGAGUCCCACGUUAAUGGCAGAAGAGAAUCUGUGAAUCUGAAUGAAAGUGAAGGUGCCAAGGCAGAUUAUAAGAUAGUCACUCCUAGGAAGCCGGAAACUAGAAACCAAACUCCAGUGAAAGUUGAAGGUGCUGCCAGCCCUGCCGGUAAGCCAGAAAACCUCUCUUCCAAAAAGAGGAAGAGUCUUCCUGCAAAGAUAGAAGUGCUGUCUGUGGAAACACAAAGCCAGUUCUCUUCAACUCAUCACCUUGCUUCAGACGAAAAGAAAACUCCAAAGGAUUCCUUCAGCAAACCUGAGAAAUUGGCCACAGCAACUAGGCAAAUUUAUUCUGGGCUACCUGGUCUUAGUUCCGUUGAUAUCAGCAAUUUUGGUGACUCCAUUAACAAGAGUGAGGGAAUGUCUUUGAAGAGAAGACGUGUAUCCUUUGGUGGUCAUCUGAGACCCGAGUUAUUUGAUGAAAACUUGCCUCCUAAUACACCACUCAAAAGAGGAGAAACACCGACCAAGAGGAAGUCACUUGCCUCUCAAGCUCCAACAGUCCUGAAGAAAAUUAUCAAGGAACGGCCUCAGUCACCAGGGAAACGAGAGUCUCCUGGAAUAACUCCACCAAGCACAAAUGAUCAAAGCCGCAGAUCAGGCAGGAGUGCACCUGCUUCCAGUGGCAGCAAAUCCUUACCUCAGACAGACAUUCCCAAAAAAGCAAGCAGGAAGAGUGGCAACCUGCCUGCCAAGAGAGCAUCUAUCAGCCGAAGUCAGCAUGACAUUUUACAGAUGAUCUCCUCCAAAAGAAGGAGUGGUGCUUCUGAAGCCAACUUGAUUGUUGCAAAAUCAUGGGCAGAUGUUGUAAAACUUGGCACGAAACAAACACAGACAAAAGUUGUAAAACAUGUUCCUCAAAAGCAGGCGAGCAAAAGACAAAGAAGACCUAAUACUCCCAAGAAACCUACAAGCAACCUUCACAAUCAGUUUAGCACAGGCCAUGCAAACUCUCCCUGUACCAUUGUAAUAGGAAGAGCUCAGAUUGAAAAAGUAAGCAUGCCUGCUCGGCCCUACAAAAUGCUGAACAACUUGAUGUUAAACCAAAAAAUUGACUUCAGUGAAGAUCUGUCAGGACUAACUGAAAUGUUCAAGACUCCAGUGAAGGAGAAGCAGCAGCAGAUGAAUGACAUGGGCUCCAUUCUCUCCAAUUCAGAGAAUUUACCUGAAAAACAGUUUCAAGUAGCUAAUUCAGGAGACAAACCUCUGCCUUUCACCUCAGAGAUUUUGGGAGAAAAUGUGCUCUCCAGUACUCAGAAUGCAACAAAGGAACCAUCUGAUAAAUAUUCUGCAAGUCCUACCUUAAGACGGAGAAGCAUCAAAAAUAGAAACACUGUGCAAACUCCUGAGAAUGUCCAAAACAUUACUCACCUUGAAAAGAAGACUCCAGGCUCUGUGACAGAGCCUCUGAAGACAGUAUCCAGUGUGAGGAAGUUACGAGGGUCUAGAGAACUCAGACACACACUUGCAGAAAGUAUGAAUGAAAGCACAGAGGCAGACCUUGCCAAGGGCAUCAUAGUAAGAUACUUAAGGAGGCCAUCACUUCAAGGACAAGAAGUGGAUCAACAGGUACAGGACAGUGAAAAGUGUUCACAAAGAUUCAAGGAAAGUGUUGAAUUAAAAGAAGAUCCAGAAAAAACAUCAGCUAUGAGAUCAAGUGCCAGGAAGCAGAAGCCAGCGAAAGACUUAAUAGGAAGUCAGAUGGUCACUCAAACAGCAGCCUGUGCUGAGGAACUAUUUAAUCAAGAAAAGAGAACCACAGAAAAACCAGAGGAAUCCAUGCACAAACAAAGUACACCAAUAUGUGAUGGUCAGAGAGCUACAAAACAGACAGUGGACAUGAAGCACUGGCCAAGGACUCCUGAUAGAAAGACCCAACCUCUAGAAGACCCAGCUAGUCUCAAGGAGUUCUUCGAAACACCAAACUGCAGAGACAAACCAAUAGGAGAUAAUAAAAACAAAGUCCUUUGCAAACCCCCACAACCUACAACAGAUAACACCAAAGCAAGCACAAAACCAUGGCACAGCACAUCUGGGAAGAAAGUAGACAUGAAAGAAGAACACUCUGAACAAAAGAAGUUUGUGCACAUGUCAGGAGGAACCAGACAUGCUCCCAAAGUUCCAGAACUUGCUCAUGGGGGAAUUAAAGCUUUGAAGGAAUCUGAAAAUCAAAUGCUGGACCUGACUGUAACUGGUAGCAAGAAGCCGGUAGGAAAAGCUAAAGAGAGGGCUCAGUCCAUGCAAGACCUGACUGGCUUUCAAGAACUCUUUCAGUCACCAGUCCCUGGUGACAAAAUCACAAAAAUGUCCAAUAAAUCACCAUUUCCAGAACUGGCCAGAACCCCAGCAAGCAUUAAGAGACUGUCUAAGACAGGUCUUGGUAAGGGGGAUGUGAGAGAAGAGCUUUCAGCGCUUGGGAAACGAACAAAGUCGCCAGGCAGAGCCUCACACACACCCACAGCAUCAGAGCUAGAAGAGAAUGAUACCACAACCUUUGUAGAAACUCCAAAGCAGAAACUGGAUUUCACAGAGAACUCAACAGGAUCUAAGAGAAGGUCACGGACACCUAAGAUGAGGGCUCAACCCCUAGAAGACCUGGAUGGCUUCCAAGAACUCUUCCAAACUCCAGCUGGUGACAGUGACCUAGUGACUGUUGGCAAAAUUACAAAGGUGUCUUUGGAAUCUCCACAAGCAGAGCCAGUCAGAACCCCAGCAAGCACAAAGAGACUGUCCAAGGCAGGUCUUGGUAAUGCGGAUGAGAGAGAAGAGCUUUCAGCACUUGGGAAACGAACAAAGUCACUAGGCAGAGCCUCACACACACCCACAGCACCAGUGCUCGAAGAGAAUGUUACCACAACUUUUGUGGAAACUCCAAAGCAGAAACUGGAUUUCACAGAGAAUUCAGCAGGAUCUAAGAGAAGGUCACGGACACCUAAGAUGAAGGCUCAACCCCUAGAAGACCUGGAUGGCUUCCAAGAACUCUUCCAAACUCCAGCUGGUGACAGUGACCUAGUGACUGUUAGCAAAAUUACAAAGGUGUCUUUGGAAUCUCUACAACCAGAACCAGUCAGAACCCCAGCAAGCAGAAAGAGACUGUCCAAGGCAGGUCUUGGUAACGCGGAUGAGAGAGAAGAGCUUUCAGCACUUGGGAAACAAACAAAGUCACUAGGCAGAGCCUCACACACACCCACAGCACCAGUGUUUGAAGAGAAUGUUACCACAACUUUUGUGGAAACUCCAAAGCAGAAACUGGAUUUCACAGAGAAUUCAGCAGGAUCUAAGAGAAGGUCACGGACACCUAAGAUGAAGGCUCAACCCCUAGAAGACCUGGAUGGCUUCCAAGAACUCUUCCAAACUCCAGCUGGUGGCAGUGACCUAGUGACUGUUGGGAAAACUACAAAGGUGUCUUUGGAAUCUCCACAACCAGAACCAAUCAGAACCCCAGCAAGCACAAAGCGACUGUCCAAGGCAGGUCUUGGUAACGCGGAUGUGAGAGAAGAGCUUUCAACACUUGGGAAACGAACAAAGUCGCCAGGCAGAGCCUCAUGCACACCCACAUCAGGAGUGCAACAGGAAAAAGGAAUAAAAGAAAUUAUGGAAACUUCAAGUAAGAAACUGGAGUCUUUAGGAAAUUUAACAGGGUCUAAGAAACAGUCUAGAACACCUAAGAAAGAGGGCCAAUCUCUAGAAGACCUACCUGAUUGCCAGGAGCUCUUCCAAACACCAGACCAUAGUAGUGGCCCAUUGGUUGUUGGCAAAACCAAAAGAAUGUCCUUUAAUUCUACACAACCAGAUCCUGUCAUAACCCUAAGAAGCAUAAAGAGACAGUCCAGGGCAAGUAUGGGUGAAAUGGAAGUGAAAGAAGAAUUUUCAGAAUCCGAGAAAUGCCAACAAAUAGAAAAGGCCAUAGACACACUCCAAGUAUCGAAUGAUAGCAAUGUCAUUAGAGCACCGAAGCAAUCUGCAAAGCGGAAACUGGAUUCAGCAGCUAGUUUGCCUGGCAGCAAGAGGCUACGACGUGCAUCUAAGGAUAAGACACCAUGCCUGGAAGACCUGAGUGGUUUCCAACAGCUUUUCCAAACACCAGUCCAUUCUAAGGAUUCACUGACUAUUGGUGAAACUUUAAAAAUGCCCACCAAAUCUCCACAGUCAGGACCACUUAGGAACCACACCAGCAGAAAGAGUCUGCCCAAGAUCAAUCUCAGGAAAAUAGAUGUGACAGAAGAACAGAAGAAGGAAUCACCAGGCAAAGACCCCACAGCAUCAGUACAAAUGGAUGAAGGAAUACAAGCAAUUAGGAAGACUUCAAAGGAGAAACUAGAGACUGCAGCAAGUGUAAUUGAGUUUACAGGACAGAGAAGAGCGCCUAAGGUAAAAGCUCUACCCCUGGAAGACCUUGAUGGCAUCCAAGAACUCUUCCAAACACCAGGCCACAGCACUGAUCCAGUAAUUGGUAACAAAAGAACAAGUAUAUCCUUGAGAUCUCCACAACCAGGAAUUGUUAGAACCUCACAAACAUCAAAGAGACUAGCCAAGACAAGUCUUGGAAAAGAGCAUAUGAGAGAAGAGAUCUCCUCAGUGAAUAUGCUGGGGUGUGCUCUAGGAGAGAUUGUACACACAUCCAGACUUCAAGAAGAUGAUGGGGGAGAGAACAACGAUCUGGAGGAAUCCAGAAUUCUGACACUGGGCCCAUCAGUAAAUGUAACUAGCAGCAAGAAGCAGCGAGGGGCACAUAAGAAAAGGUCUCAGUCCCCAGAAGGCAUAUUUGAUCUUCAGAAACUCUUCCAAACACCAGCUAGUCAUAAAGACUCGGUGACUGUUCAUGAAACUACAAAAAUGUCUUUGGAAUCUUCAGAACAUUUCAGAACCCCAGCAAGCACAAAGAGACUGUCCAAGGCAGGUCUUGAUAAGGCAGAUGAGAGAGAAGAGCUUUCAACACUUGGGAAACGAACAAAGUCACUUGGCAGAGCCUCACACACACCCACAGCACCAGUGCUCGAAGAGAAUGUUACCACAGCCUUUGUGGAAACUCCAAAGCAGAAACUGGAUUUCACAGAGAAUUCAGCAGGAUCUAAGAGAAGGUCACGGACACCUAAGAUGAAGGCUCAACCCCUAGAAGACCUGGAUGGCUUCCAAGAACUCUUCCAAACUCCAGCUGGUGACAGUGACCUAGUGACUGUUGGCAAAAUUACAAAGGUGUCUUUGGAAUCUCUACAACGAGCACAUAUCAGAACCCCAGCAAGCACAAAGCGACUGUCCAAGGCAGGUCUUGGUAACGCGGAUGUGAGAGAAGAGCUUUCAACACUUGGAAAACGAACAAAGUCACCAGGGAGAACCUCACACACACCCACAGCACCAGUGUUUGAAGAAAAUGUUACCACAACCUUUGUGGAAACUCCAAAGCAGAAACUGGAUUUCACAGAGAAUUCAGCAGGAUCUAAGAGAAGGUCACGGACACCUAAGAUGAAGGCUCAACCCCUAGAAGACCUGGAUGGCUUCCAAGAACUCUUCCAAACUCCAGCUGGUGACAGUGACCUAGUGACUGUUGGGGAAACUACAAAGGUGUCUUUGGAAUCUCCACAACUGGAAUCAGUCAGAACCCCAGCAAGCACAAAGAGACUGUCCAAGACAGGUUUUGGUAAGGCAGCUGUGAGAGAACAACUCUCUCCGCUGAAUAAACGAAGGUGUUCAGCACAGGAAGUCAUGCAUGUACUCAGACUUUCAGAAAAUGAUGUCACAGGAACCAAAGAUUUAAAGGAAUCUGCAGCUCAGAUAUUAAACCCAGCAGUGAGUGUAACUAGCAGCAAGAGGCAGCAAGGGGCGUGUAAGAAAAAGUCCCAGUUCCCAGAAGACCUGUCUGGUCUCCAGGAGCUCUUCCAAACACCAGGCCAUGACAAGGAUUCAUUGACAGGUGAUAAGCUCCCAAAAAUGCCCCACAGAUCUCUGCCACCAGAGCCAAUAAACACUUCAGUAACCUCACAGAGACAGUCCAGAACUAGACAGAUGAAAGUUCAUGAGAAAAGUGAACUAUCAGGAGACAGAAUGCUUCCACAAGUGUCAGAGGAAAUCAUGGACAUAGCUAGAGUACCUGAAUGUGAAGAGAAGGGCAUUAGAACAAGGAAGCAAUCUGUAAAGCGGAAAUUGGACACAGCAGUCAGUGUGCCCAGCAGCAAGAGGCAACGAUUUGCCCGAGCAGAAAAGGCACAGACCCUAGAAGAUCUGUCUGACUUCCAAGAGCUCUACCAAACUCCAAGCUUGGCAGUGAAGCCAGUGACUGUUGACAAAACCACAAAGAUGCCCAGCAAAUCUCCAGAGCCUGUGGAUACAACUUCAGAGACACAGACAGGAAGACGACUCAGGAGAAUGGGUGUGACGAAAGAGCCUCUAGCACAAAGAAAGACUACAAGAGUGUUGCGGGAAACCAGAAACACAUACAAAGAGCCUGUGGGUGACAACAAAGAUGUCAAAGAGUUUAAGGAAUCUUCAAUGCAGAAACAAGACCCAGCUAUAAUUUUAACCGGCAGGAGGAGUCAACCAAGGACACUUAAGGAGAAGACCCAACCCUUGAAGGAGCUGCCCAGCAUCCAAGAGGAAACAGCCACAAGAAUAUCUUGUGAAUUUCCACAACCAGAAGAAAAGGAAACCUCAGCAUCCUCAAAGAGGCAGCUCAGAAUACAACUGUGCAAAGAAGGUGUGAAAGAAGAGCCCACAGCUCAGACAAAGCCACGAGGCAGGGUAACCAGGAAUACACUCAAAGAGCCCAUGAGUGAUAGUGGAAAUGUUGAAGAGCUUAAGGAGUCUACAAAGCGGAAGAUUGACCCAGUAGCAAGUGUGCCUGUCAGUAAGAGGCCACGGAGGGUACCCAGGGAAAAGGCACAACCCCUGGAAGUGACUGGACCCUUAGAACCAGUCCAAAUUCCAGGUCACACUGAGGAAUUAGCAAGUGAUGAAAGACCCACAAGGGUGCCCUGUGAUUCUCUACAAUCAGAGCAAGCAGACAACCUCCAGACCUCACCAAGACGUCUUAGGACAAGACGCGGGAAAAUAGAGGUGGACCAAGAACCUUCAGUAGUGAAAAAGACAGUGCCAACAUCAAGGCAAACUACGCGAUCCCGCAAGGUCCCUGAAAUUGAUGACAAAGACACCCAAGCUUCAAAAGAGUCUGGAGAGCAGCAAUUAGAAACAGUUGCCAAUGUAACUGGCAGCAGGAGGCAGCUAAGGGCACAUAAGAAUGAGGUCCAACCUCUUGAAGUCCUGGGUGACUCCAAAAACAUAAUUCAAAUAUCAGAGCACACUGAGAAACUAAGGCAUGACACCAGUACCCUUAAGAGCACAAUACAGCAAAUGCCAGACCCCAUAAAACCUCUGAGAACAAGCAGAAGAGUGCUAAGGGCCUCUAAAGAGGACACUGUGGAAACUGUGGAAAUGUCAGUGGAUACCAGAGAUCCUGCAGAAUCACAAAGCAAAAGCAACACUUUUCUGUCCCCCAAGAGGAAGUCUGCAAGAGAUGGAGGUGGUCCAAGAACCAGGAGGUUGUGCUUUGUGACUCCAAAGCAGGAAGCAAUAGAUGAGAAACCUGCACCUAAGAAACAGAGGGCUGCUCCCAGCAAGAAUCAUGUGUCACCUGAGCCUGUGAAGAUGAAACACCUGAGAAUCAUGUCAAGCAAAACUGAACCAGUGGAAGAGCAGAUUAGCAAUGUCAUGAAAACAGAAGAGGAAGCCCAAGUAGAAAACUCAACCCCUCCAGAUCAGAAAAUGCCUCUGCCCUCCAGAUCCCGACAGAAAACCAGUGAAAAACAUCCAAGACCCAAGGUUGGUGCAUCUACAGAGAAGGAUGGGAUGAAGACAAAUGAGAAGACCAUGAAGAGCUCCCAGGAGACAGAGCUGCAGAACACAGAUGAUGGAGCCAAGAAGUCUACAUCUAGGGGCAAAGUCAGUGGGAAAAGAACGUGCUUAAGGUCUGGAGGACAGAGCGAGAUUCCCCAGCCUCGUGCAGCAGAGGAGAAAACAACUGAGACAGGUGCAGAGAUCUUGAAGACUCAGAAAGAGAAAGGAGUCUCUGGAGAUUCAGAUGCCAGGUCUUUGAGAUCCAGAAAAACUGGAGCCACUUUGGACAGUGAACCUAACCCAAAAGUAACUCGGGGUUCCAAGAAAGAUAUAAAAGUUCCAAAAAAGGAUGAAGACAUUGUAUACACCACAAAAUUAAGGACAAGAAGUCAGAAGAAUAGUUAAAAGUAUGUAGCAAAGAUAUUUAAGAAGGAAAAAUAAAUUUAGCCUAAUGAUAAAUUCCAAUGUGGUUUUCAUCUUCAAUGUAAAGACAAAAUGUAAUAUAAUAUACUGCCUGUGUUUAAGGAAGGAAGCUUUGAGCUUUCGUGGUUAUACUCUCUUCAAACCCCAGUGAAGAUCAUGAAGGGGGUCACCAGGAUCUCAGAGCAAUAGCAAUUUAAAAGUUUGGAGGUGUGCAGGCCGAAGUGUGGCCCUCUAUCCUGUACAAUAAAGCUUUGAAGUUAA